AUGGUUUCAAGUUGGAUAGGUUAUAUAGGUAUUCAUAUAGCCAGAAAUUUACAGCCAGAGCAAUUGUACAACUUUGCCAAGCUCCCUGCAUGCGAAUCCACGAACUAUAAUCCUUAUGAGUAUGGCAGUAGCAUGCAUUAUCCUGCUGAUGCGUUUAUGGCGUCUGGUGCAAGUGAACUCCCCAUGAUACCCUACGACUUUAACUACAUAGUCACUAUGGGAUCACUUUCAGUUUCCUUCUAUGACGUCAAGACAAUCAAUGAUCAUUACAAAUGCACUGAGAUAUGUGGAUGUAGAGGACCGAGAUGCUACAAUGGAGGUGAGCCUAAUCCAAGAAACUGCGAUGUUUGUAACUGCCCAGAAGGUUAUGCUGGAGAUUUCUGUACCGAAAGAAAGGUGAAUGCUACCGCUGAAAGCUAUGGAAUAUAUAAAGGUUAACG